GACUAUGGACGGACGCAUACAAAUUGUAAACUAGUUUACCGCGUAUUUACGGAGAAAGUGUGACGUAAUUUCAAAUUAAAUAAAUAAAUAAAAUAAAAAAGGUGCAACAGUCAAUGUGGAUUUUCGUGAGAGUAUUAGUGAUUUCUGGCGUUAAAAAUUAAGACCAUGCGAGAAAGUCUCCGAGGGUUGGCUUCCGACGACGGCACCAGCAUGGGCCUGAGGCGAGCCAACUCUGGCAGAGUGAGGGUCGAACUGUUCAAUGGAGAGCAUAUUACUGUUGAUGUUGAUCGUAAAGCCAACGGCGCUGAUCUUCUGGACAAAGUAUGUGACAAUCUAGAUAUAUUAGAGAAAGAUUUCUUUGGGCUAUUACACGCACAGCGAGGAGACCCGAGGGUGUGGGUGGAUUUGAAACGACGCCUGUCCAAGACCUUUAGGAACGAACCAUGGGACGUGCGUUUAGCUGUCAAAUUCUACCCGCCAGAACCGUCAGAAUUACAAGAUGAUAUCACGAGGUAUCAACUCAGUCUGGCUGUGAGACGUGAUCUUAUUGAGGGUCGUCUAACAUGUUCCCAAAUAACUUACGCUCUACUUGCUUCAUACGUACUCCAAGCAGAGUUGGGUGACAAAUCGGGUGUAGUAAACCCGACCGCACUGAGCGAGUAUCAGGCAAUACCUCUGCACGCUUUGAACGAUAAUCAAAGAGAUAAUAUUGAACAACUGUAUGCAAAGCAUAAAGGGCAAACACCGGCGGAAGCAGAACUAAAUUACUUAGAAAAUGCCAAAAGGUUACUACUGUACGGUGCUGAGGUGCACAACGCUAAGGAUUCUGAAGAUAUCGAUAUUAAUAUAGCUGUUAGUGCGUCUGGAAUCACUGUAUUGAGGGAUGGUGUAAUAAUGAACAAAUUCCCGUGGCCCAAGAUCCUCAAAAUCAGCUACAAUAAGCGCACAUACACACUGCGCUUACGUUCGAGCGAGUUCGAUGAGUUCGAGUCGCACGUGAGUUUCCGCUUGCUAUCAAGUAGAGCGAGUAAAUCCUUGUGGAGAUGUAGUGUGGAACAUCAUAUGUUUUUUAGACGCGAAAGCCCCGUGGCAGUGGCCCGUAUAGCUCAGUUCCCGCGGCUCGGCUCGCGGCGGCUCUCGUGCCGCAACACGCUGCGGCAAAUACGCGACAGGUUGCCGAGACACGCGUGACGCAGUUACAGCUAUAUGUUAUAAGUUUUUGAAAAAAUAUUGUUAAAACUUUUUUUGAAGAGAAACUUCUUUAUCGGGGUUGAAAAAAAUUU